AUGGUUGGCCUACGAUCACUUCAGGCUUUGAAUGUUCAAGUUGAGCUCACAUCUGCCCAGUCUACGGAGGAGGAUCCUACAAUCUGUCCUGCUUGUCACAAGAAGCUUAAAACUCCCCAGGGCCUGAUAUCCCAUCUGUCAUCAGCAAGAAGCUGCAAAUGGUAUAACAAAGAGAAGCUACAAAGUUUGACAAUUCCAGGAGAACUUGAUAGGGGCAAUGAUUUGGAGAUAAAGAAAGUACCUGACAUGUUAUCUGAUGAACUUAGACCUAUGGAUGAAGACCCAGAAGACGUGGUGGAUGACUACUAUGAUUGUCUCUAUGACCUUAUUCCCACAGAAUCUGAGGAGAAUAUGGCUGGACCCUCAAAGCUUCCUGAUGAAGAUGAUGAGGAGCGUAUUGAGGUACCCUACCCUACUGCAGGCAAGGUGAUUAGGAUGGAUAAAACAGUAUAUGAAAGAUGGAGGAGAGAAUUUGGAGCUGAGGAUAUGGAUGGUGAUAUGGAUAUGGAUUCAGAUAUGUCAGAUGGAUCAGGGAACAUUUUUGCACCCUUUGCGUCAGAGCUAGACUGGAGGGUUGCUUGCUGGGCUAUACAGGAUGGAAUAGGCCAUAAAUCAUUUGAUAGAUUAAUGGCAAUACCAGGGGUGGCGGAUAAAUUAGGUCUAUCCUACCAUAAUAUAUAUGGGCUCCAUAAGCUGGUCAAUCGUGUUCCAGAACAUGCUACUUGGAAAACUAGAGAAUUGUGGUUCAGGAAUAGUCCCGAGCAUAAGCAUAUAGUUUAUCAUCUUGAUUAUAUUGAAGCUAUCAAGUCCUUGCUAAGAAAUCCAGCUCAUGCCAAGGACAUUAUCUACAGGCCCAAGCAUAUCUUCACCAAUGCUUCAAAAUCUCACAGGAUUUACAAUGAGAUGUGGACCAGAGAUUGGUAG